GAGAGUGUCAAAGAAAGCUCCACCUGAGCAACACCUGAGUGUAGUGUGUAAUCGUGUGCUGUGAGUGUGAGCAUGUCUGCUGCUGUGACUGUAGGGCUGCUGUUCUUCCUCUCUGCGGGACUGAACGAGCAGGUGGCCGAGGGCUGUAAGUGUCUUCCGAGACACCCUCAACAGGUGUUCUGCGAGUCUGAUAUAGUGAUUCGAGCGAAGCUCAUUGGAAGUGUGACCAGCACUCACCCCGACUUAGUUGCAUUCAAUAUCAAACUUAUCACGAAGUACAAGCCUUCCAACAAAAAGGAUAUUCGUGUCAUCUACUCAACUAAAACUUCAUGUGGCGCUGUUCUGAACAACGGCGAGUAUCUGCUGUCAGGAAGUGUCACGGAUGGAGUGAUUGUUUUUGGUUUAUGUGACUUUAUGUGGCCUUGGGACCAACUCUCCUCCGUUCAAAAGGGGAACCUCAACAUGUAUCAGAGAGGCUGCGUCUGUGAGAUUGCAUCCUGUACUGGAGCGUCCUGUUUGACCAAGAAGCUUCAAAGAAAGUGUCUGAUAGGAGUCAAUAAUUCCCUCGGUGUUGUUUAUGAAGAGGCUCUUCAGUCUGUGUGCCUGCCAUGCAGAGACGGCUUCUGCAGAUGGCGAAAAAUGAUUGGUAACUAAAGCUCCUAAAAAUGACGCCCUGAAGACCAAGUGCAUCAGCCAGUUUGGGCAUUUGUUCUUCAGAAUGCUUAGAUUCUUAAAAUGAAUUUAAUCAUUUACUGAAGCUUUGCAAUGCCGUCAGCAAAUACAUACAAAACUCUGUUUUCAUGGAGAUCUGCCAUUAACCAUUAAACCGUUUUGCAU